UUGUCAAAAACAGUCACUUGUUUUUGAUCCAAUUUUUUUUCUUUUCUAACUUCUUCCCUCCUCAACCCAAUUCGUCUUGUUUCUCCAGCAUGAAUCUAAUGCUUAAUUUGCACCCCCGUAGAGACGAGAAACCGAGAUUUUUUUGCUGACCAAACAGAAAAUUGGGACAUUCUUCAUUUUCUUCUCUGAAAUUCUUGUGUCAAGUUCCAUCUCCAUUGCAAAAGCUAGAUGAAGCUGUAUUUGUAGUUCAUUAAGAUAUAUUAAACAAAAAAAACUAUGGCUGCAUCGCAAAACAACAAGAUGAAGGGCCUGUUAAAGGGUCUGAGGUACAUUUCUCAAAUAUUUGAGGAUGAGAAACAGACUGAAAUGCAGAUUGGUCUUCCCACGGACGUCAAGCAUGUGGCACAUAUAGGAUGGGAUGGAUCAUCUGUAAAUUCAACCCCCGGAUGGAUGAAUGAGUUCUCCCCGGGACAUCAAUCGGCUCCCUUACGACCCGUUGCCGGAGGUGGGGUUUUGGAGGAAGACGCAGUCAAAUGGGUCUCUGAAGAUUCAAAAAGCAAAAGCGCAAGGGGUUCAGAUUCCUUGCCGGAGUUGCCUAGAUCGUCAAGACGGAGUUCAGGACCCUUGCCGGAGUUGCCUAAAUCGUCAAGACGGAGUUCAUGCGGACAUGGGGAGGUUCCGGCUAGGGAAAAAUCAGAUAAACCAAAACAUUCGAGGCGGUCUUCAAGAUCUUCAAAGGAAAAGGAAGAUUCAGAGGGCAGUGCCAAACCAAGGGUACCAAAGGACCGAAGCCAAACAAGUGAGUCAGCCUCCCAUGAGAGGAAGUCCCGACGGAAAAAGUCCAAAGACUGCUCCACUGGAGAGGGCUCGUCGAGGAGAAGCAGAAAACAGGGAUCGGAUAACACAUCGGAAUCGGAGUUGGUAUCGACACAUCGUCAACCUUCCGUAGAUUUUGAAGCAGAAGAGAAGAGGCUCACCGGAGUUUACUGAGAAAUUUUGGUUGUCCAAAUGGGUAGUUAGUAAAUUCCUUCUUUUUUUCCUUCUCUCCAAAAAGAAAGGGAAAAAUUUUGUAUUAUUAUUAAUAACCAAACAUUCCAUUU